AUGUUUCAGAUCCAACAUCUGGAAAACAAUUCCUUCGAGCUGCAGCAACUGCUCCGCCUGAAAGAAGAGGAGAAUCAGCAGAAUGUAGGGAGCAUGAAGGAUGCAGAUCAGCUGGAAGUUAUCCCUGACUCUCAAAUGGAAGCCCUGCAGAGGGAGAAAGCCGAGCUGGUUCAGAAGCUUCAGAGCACUGAAGAAAACGUCAAAUACAUCAGCCAAGAAAAAGAGCAUCUGAGAAUAGAGAUGGAGGUUCUUCAAACUGAGAAGGAUAACAUGGUUCAAACUGUCCACCGUCUGAGUGAGACUAUAGAGAGGCUUGUUCCAGUGAAUUUGGAACUGCAGCAAGAAUUGAGGAAGGCUAAUAAUUCUCUUGGAGAACAUAAGGAAAUGAGUGAGGAUAGUCAACUUGAACUAGAGAAAUUGUUGAUGUAUGUAAAAUCACAAGAAGAUGAGGUAAAUACCCAGAAGAAUUUGGUUCUUGAGAAACAACAGAUGUUUCAAAAACUUGAAGAGGAGAUUAAAGAAGAAACAAAGCACUUGAAAGAAAAACUUGGGACACAACGUGGUGGUCAGGGUGACAAAUCAUUCGAAAACAAAAUCAUAUAA